AUGGCUCCUUCCCCAAGAAACCUUGAGCGCAUCAAGGAAGUUCUGCAACCCUCUGUCUAUCCCCUCGACAUGUAUCAAAAUAUCGGCAAGCGACGGGUAUCGGGCACUGGAGACUGGAUCAGGAAUGAGUUGGUAUUCCAGGCAUGGGUUGAAAAGGAUGAUAACCCGUUGCUGCAUAUCGAUCCCGAGACAAUGAAGUUCCACCGUGCGUUGCGGGAUAUUUCGUUUCAAGUCUAUCAGAACGACCCUUCCUACAGGGAUUAUGUCCAUACGCGCUGCCAUUCCCCCGACGACAUUAAAUCCAUCCAGGCAGCAUGGAGGGUUUUGUUCAUGGAUUAUUAUCACAAUACACUCGAAGACAUUGAUAGUAAGGUGAUAAUUGUCCUUGAUGGUAUAGAUGAAGCAUUUAAAGAGGACUAUCAGGAGUUUCUAAGGCUAACCUCGGACUUCGUGCACGAUCCCGUCAAGUGUCGCAUCAAAAUUGUUCUCCUUGGGAGACCAGAAAUAUACGACGACCUGAUGGAAGCUCUAGACCAAUAUGUUCCAACCAUCCAUGUCAACGCCAACAAAAACAUCGGGGAUAUCACAACCUAUGUUCGAAAAGCCAUCCGCAAGUCCCGGGCAAUAAGCCGGGUUACGAAGCCACAGCGCGUGACAAUUGAAAAGACUUUAAUAGACAAGGCAGAGGGCAUGUUCCUCUGGGCCGACCUGAUGUUGACAGAGCUUAAUGGGAGGACAAGGGCUAGCAGCAUGCUUGAAAGUCUUCAUAUGGCCCCCAAAGGCCUCGAUGCAAUGCUUAAACAUGUCCUAGAGACAUUUAGUACUAGGCUGAACGAGGAGGAGGCAACUGACCUCAAUACGAUUCUUGCAUGGGUGGCAUGUGCAGAUAGCCCCGUGAAAUUGUGCGAGCUAGAUGAGAUAUUAAGAGUUGGGUCGAAAUCCAACGAUGGUAAACUAGGGUUGGAGGACGCUUUGCGUACACAGUAUGCUUCGCUGUUUGUGCUCAAUCGGGACGACGGUUUGACGACAGCAGAUUUAGCCGGGGAGGGAAGAAAGGCCUUUACUCAACCUGAAAAUGACGGGUCGGCUGAGAACGAUGACUCUUCCAGCGAGCAGGAGCAUGAAUUCAAUUCCAACACGUAUACAACCACAGUCGUCUUCUGCCACGCUUCAAUCCGAGACUACCUUCGCAACCCAGGCUAUGGAAAGGUAUCUGCAGGAGAUGACUCAACACCUAUUGGCGUUGAUUUCGUGCAGGCGAGCGUGAAUACGUUGAAUGUUUGUCUAUCGGAAAUAGCUUAUGGUCAUGGCCCCUGCGGGUCCCAUGUGCGUAACUACGCCCUUGACGAGUGGGUGAACCAACUGGAGCAUGUUUGCAAAUAUUCAGACAAAAUUGAUCAACAGCAAAAGGAAGAAACAAUUGUCUUACUUUGCCAGAUCUUCAAGUGUGCGAAUCUGGAAAUGUUUCACACCAACGCUGCUCCAGAUCCUCUUAUCGAGUUUAUUGAUCGUCACACUAUUGACUUGAUUGUCUCGCUUUUCGCCGCCCAAGACGGUGGCAAUACCGUCGACAACAUUGAUAUGCGGGAGUGGAUACGUGUCUGUAUUCAAGAACCUGCUCAACUAUUCGUACCCCUAGGUCGUGAAGUGGCUAGCAGGUGGCUCGUCGACUCCUGGGAUCCAGAUUUCUGCAUGGUCACGGUUUGUGCUGUUGUUAUUGUUCUUGGCGGAGACAAUCCUGACUUGAUAACACCCCUUGAUCCUGUGGAAGCUGUCCUGAACGUUGCUAGGUGGGCAAAAUUUGAAGAAAACGCGCGCUGGCAUCACAAUGUCGGGGCUUGUCUCAGUUCUCUAGGGCAUUUCGAUGCGGCCAUCGAGCACUUGAAUCAUGCAUUGGCACUCGAGCCAACAUGGGACGUCAAGAGGGAUCUUGCCAAGGUCUAUUGGAAUCAGGGUCAGUUGGAUGAUUCCGUCCAGUUAUGGAGAGAGUGUGAAGCGCAAUACACACAGCUACUGGCGGAGAAUAACAACGACGAUGAAAUUGCUGAACUUGAGAAAGCGGAGGCUCAAGGCCGAUUAUCUAAGGUCCGCAAUGAGCUGGGCUCACUUUAUAUUCAGUUGGGAGAUUACUCAAACGCCACUCACUGGUUCAUGGCAUCCAUCGAGCUUUUCGAUAUGGUUUACAUUGACGACGCCGUGUCGCUUGUUAUUCGUGUUCUCAUUGCAUCGCAACACUCGCCACAUGAAAGGAUCAUACAGCUACUCCAGAAAAUCGAAUUGAAAACCUGGUAUGACUGGGACAACUGUUUAUUUUGGGUUUUCGAGCACAAUUCCCAGAAUUGGCACAUUUGGGACAACACCCAGCUUCCCUUGAUAUUUGCUGUUUCAGCAAAACGAUGUAACAACCUACAAUGGCUGGAGUGCAAGUACCAGGGUGCGAUCGCGGAUAAAAGCACGAAAAAGCAGGAUAUCAAGGCCAUGUGUUUCAAGGAGUCGCUAGCUUGCCUAUAUUGCAACUUCUUAGGCGAGGAAGAGAAAGCUAUUCUAAUUUGGAAGAGCAUCAUAGCCCAACAUAGGGUGCCCGGCUCGCUCCAGUACGAAAGAUUUUGCAGAGCAAGGAAUCGUGCUGCUACUGCUUACGCAUACCGGCUCCUAACUAACGCUCUAAGAGAAACCGAGGAUUCGCAAGCUCUUAUCGUACAGGAGCUCGAGAAAUUCUGUGACAAUGAAAUUAAAUCCUUGUCAACUGAUCAAAUUCUCUUCGAUGGCCAAACGGGCAUUUAUAUAGGCGUAUGGCAUAAACUCAAUGGACGCGAACAGGAGGCCAGGAAUUACUUCAGACCAUACGUGAUCCAGGCUAUAUCUUAUCGUGAUAAAUAUAUUGAGGAUGAUGUUAUGAGCGCAUGGCGUGUCCUUGGGCAUCUUUUUGCUAUGAUUGGCGAUGAUGAAGAUGCUAUCACGGUUCUCCAGCUCGUCCAUAGCCCUUUUACUAUUCGCGAUGGCACUUCCGCUUCGGCCGAGGAACGUAUGGCGUCACCCUGGCCGUUAGUUGUCGAAGAUCGCGUGUGGUACUGUCAUAUCUGCCUUCAAUCGUGGGGAAAUUUUGUCAAUUGCAACAUCUGCCGCCGGUGCAAUGCAGAUAUUUGCGAACAAUGUCUCGAAGGUCUUAAAACGGGGGAUGCAGAAAGCUAUGCCUGUGAUAGUAGCCAUGAAUGGCUAAGCAUUCCACCACCACCGGGUGUCCCUGGCACAUAUCAACUUCGCCGAGGUAACCAAUCGCUGUCGGUUAAGGAAUACAUGGCCAGUAUCGAGAGAUCUUGGAUGUGA